AUACAGCUGAUGCAAAUGGCUCGUAAGCUUCCUCAUAAUUUGAGCCGUAAUGGCAACAGUGACACUAAGCCCCGCCUGCAACAACAAACGAACGUCAAGGAUGAAGGUGGAGUUCUACUUUGUUUCCGGGACUUCCUUCCUUGGUCUUGGAUAGACAGACGAGGGGGUCCAGGAUCAGUCGUCAUGUCUCAGCCCGGAGAGAAAGGGAAGUUCCCAGAGGCUGCAGGCUACGUUGGCUUUGCGAACCUCCCCAACCAGGUCCACAGGAAGUCAGUGAAGAAGGGCUUUGAGUUCACCCUCAUGGUCGUCGGGGAGUCUGGACUGGGCAAGUCUACUCUGAUCAACAGCCUGUUUCUGACAGACCUUUACCCAGAGAGAUACAUACCAGGAGCUGCAGAGAAGAUCGAGAGGACAGUCCAGAUCGAGGCGUCCACGGUGGAGAUCGAGGAGCGAGGAGUGAAGCUCCGCCUCACCGUGGUCGACACCCCCGGAUACGGAGACGCCAUCAACAGCCAGGACUGCUUCAGAACCAUCAUCCAGUACAUCGACCAGCAGUUUGAGCGCUACCUGCAUGAUGAGAGUGGGCUGAACCGUAGACACAUCGUGGACAACAGAGUUCACUGCUGUUUUUACUUCAUAUCCCCCUUUGGACACGGUCUGAAGCCCCUGGAUGUGGAGUUCAUGAAGGCCAUCCACAGCAAGGUCAACAUCGUCCCAGUCAUCGCCAAGGCGGACACCCUGACUCUGAAAGAGAGGGAUCGUCUCAAGAGGAGGAUCCUGGAUGAGAUCGGAGAGCAUGGGAUCAGGAUCUACCAGCUGCCUGAUGCCGACUCGGAUGAAGAUGAGGAGUUCAAGGAGCAGACCAGGGUCCUGAAGGCCAGCAUUCCGUUUGCUGUGAUUGGCUCCAACCAGCUGAUCGAGGUGAAAGGGAAGAAGAUCCGUGGUCGCCUGUACCCGUGGGGCGUGGUCGAGGUGGAGAACCCCGACCACAAUGACUUCCUCAAACUGCGCACCAUGCUUGUCACCCACAUGCAGGACCUCCAGGAAGUGACCCAGGACCUGCAUUAUGAGAACUUCCGCUCCGAGAGACUGAAGAGAGCUGGCAGGGAUGUUGAGGAAGAUGUGAUGGACAAGGACCAGAUCCUCCUGCAGAAGGAAAUGGAGCUGAGGCGCAUGCAGGAGAUGAUUACUAAGAUGCAGGCGCAGAUGAACAUGAAGGGGGAUGAGUGAAAGAGGAGUGGAGGGGGAGGAGGAGGGGGGCUAUCGACCCGUCGCCUCUCCUCUGCGUCAUCCUCUCCAGCAGUCCCCUUUACUCCACUGAUCCUCUUGUUCUCCUCUCUCUUUCUCUCUCCCUCUCCACCACACUCCUCCACCUUCUCUCUCCUCUCCUCCUCUCCACCCAUCUGUCCUCUCCAUCUGCCCUCUCCUCCACCCAUAACCCUUUUACCUACAUCAAUACCAACCAACCAAUCAGCUAAUCUGUCUUCUGUACUAUAGAACCUCCUCCAGGACUUCAUCAUCCAUCAAAGGGAUUUGUUUACUUUAUAACUUUAUAUUUAGGCCGAAAGUUUUGCUGGUCUGUGGUUAUGUUCUAUGGAAGUGUCCUUUUCUUAAGAUGGAUCAUUUUCAUGAUGUGGGUUAUGAUCUGUGUAAACAGCAGAUCUCACAUUGUAACGGUACUAUGGUUAAAGUUCAGACAAUACUAACAUUUUAAUGUUUACAUGAACGUCUGGAUCAUAUUGUUGGUUUCAGCCUUAGCUGCAGUUAUAGACACUCCUUUCAGUGGCAUUGUCUAUUUCUAUCACCUGAAAAAUGAUUAGGCUAAUACGAAAGUUGAAACGGUCUCUGUUUUUACAUGUUGUCCAUGCAAAUGCGAAACGGCUUAAUUCGUUUUCCCAUUUGUUAUUAUAAUAUAUAAAUGUAAUGUAACUUCAUAUGAUGCCUUUCCCCAGUAUGUGUACAGAAAGGGAUCUUAUAAUGACUGAUUAUAGUGUUGAGAUAAAAGUCCUUGCAGUGUUGAUUUUCAGCGUGGUCCGAACCAUGUUUCUACUGUUGGGGCGAGAGGGAGCUCAGUGAGUUUGGGAGGCUAGAAGACGUUGGUGGGUGAGGAGGUGAGAGAGAUGUGGGAGUUCCCAACUAGUCUAGGACUGAGAGAGUUGAGAGCUGCUGUAUGUGGACUGAAUGGCAUGUAUGUCUGUUCUGUAAUGGAGUGCUACUGGUCUACUCGUGGGUCUCACUGCUUCAGAAGCUUUUGUCAGACCUCCUUUUCUUCAGGUUCAGUUCAGCUGUAGAUGAGCUGUUAGAUUUGACGCCCAGAAAGAGGCCUAUAACCUUUUUAUACCUUCUCUCCUAAGAUAACAGGCCUUCAAACCACUCCAAGUGUCCUCAAUCUGAUCUUAAUAUUGUUUAACUAACAUAAAGAAAUGUGUCAUGUUGUUUGAAUAAAAUGAAAAUUUAAACAUA